AUGCCGUGGCUUAAACGCCUCAAUCCGAUGAUCAACUGGGAAACCGGCGACUUUUGGUUUGGUAAAGACGCCAAAUGGCCACCGAAACCCACCGUCGAAGAUGCACCAGAUGAAGAAGUUUCGAUUUUCAAGGAAGAUGGACUCCCAGAGUUAAUCACCACCGAAACUUCCCCUACCUCGUUUGGGCAUUCAGAAUCUAUCAGAGAAAUCGUGGCCGAUAACACUGAGCGUGGUGAGUUACCCGCAGUGCGGAAUGAUACUGAACCAGAUGACCCACCAUCAGAACCCUCUAUGGAUCAGCUCAAUGAUGAUGAUCUAGUUAUCUCCUAUAUCGCAGGAGAGCAAGUUAUUGGGAUAUUUGAACCCAUCAGGAAGGAGUCACCUUUGACAAAUGAAGAGACUGGAACUGCAGUCUUUACCAUACGAAGAGGCCCCGCCAUUAGAAGAAUGACACACAGUACUCGAUCCCCAUUAUUCUGUAAUGCACAGAAUACGAUCUUUUACAAACCAUCUGGUAAAUCACAAGAAUUGGCACAACAGGCACACAAGGAAGCAUCAGCUGUAGACAAACCCAAAACCGUCGAGGAGUUGGUCCCUAACUACCUCCAUGAUUUGAAGUCCAUUUUUGAAAGAAAGCAGCUGAACGCUUUUCAGAAACCAGGCCUUGGGACCACGCCAUUGAUUUGA